AUGUGGAUUUUAGACUGGUUUCAAGACGCUUUAGCUUAUUUAGGUUUAUGGAACAAGCACGCAAAGUUGUUGUUCCUUGGUUUAGACAAUGCUGGUAAAACCACGCUUUUGCAUAUGUUGAAGAACGAUAGAAUGGCUACAUUACAACCAACUUUACACCCUACUUCCGAAGAACUAGCAAUUGGUAAUGUUAGAUUCACGACUUUCGAUUUGGGAGGACAUCAACAAGCUAGAAGAUUAUGGAAGGACUACUUUCCUGAAGUCAACGGUAUUGUUUAUCUAGUUGAUGUCGCAGACCCUGAAAGGUUUGAAGAAUCCAGAAUGGAAUUGGACGCUUUGUUGAAUAUGCCAGAAUUAGCAAAUGUUCCUUUCCUCAUUCUUGGUAACAAAAUUGAUUCCCCUAGAGCAGUUUCGGAAAGCGAAGUUAGAAACUACUUGGGUUUAUUACAAACUACAGGCAGAUCUGGUGUUCCUUCUAAGGGUGUUAGACCAUUAGAAUUAUUCAUGUGUUCCAUCGUCAUGAGACAGGGUUAUGCAGAUGGUUUCAAGUGGUUAUCCCAGUUCAUCUAA